AUGGGAGAGUUCAAGCCCAAGCUGGCGCCUGUGCCGUCGCCUGCGGUGGAGAAGCCAAUCCCCCUCGCCGUUCUCUUCCUCAAGUCGCUCCUCGCGCAACGUCAUGGAAUCUUCCUCAUCGCCGCCAUCCAACUCGUCAUAUGUACCGUCUUCCCCGGCCGCUACGCCGCGGUGCCCAUCGCCACGCUCGUCCUGGGCGUCCUCACCACCGAAAUCAUCGACUUCUUCCUCCCGCGCCGCGCCACGCCCCCGGCCUACAUGACCGCCGUCGUCCCCGGCCGGACCACCUCGCUCCUCCCCAAGGCCGACGGCACAUUCGGCUCGGAGCCCUCGUCGCGGCCCCUCGUCGUCUUCAACCUCGGCGCGCAGUUCAACCACCCCCGCGGCCGCAUGUGCCCGCACAGCAGGGAAAUGGCCGACAAGUUCGCCGAGAUGAACCACAACCUGCUCGAGCGCCGGGACGAGCUGGGGCUCAUCAGCAUCACCGACUGGGUCGGCUGCAGGCCUGGCACGGCCGACACCCUCUUGACCAGCUACUAUUUCCGCGACGUCGAGAGCAUCCACAAGUUUGCGCACGAGGAAUUGCACCGCGGCGCGUGGGACUGGUACAACAGCGUGAGGCCGGACCACAUUGGCAUCUUCCACGAGACCUUUGUCGUUCCGGCGCACUCGUACGAGACCAUCUACGCCAACUGCAAGCCCUUGAUGCUGGGCGCCGGCGUGGUCAAGUGCGACGAGAUGGAGGGCGAGCGGACAUGGCGGAAUACGCUGGUGAGUGCGGAUAACGUCGAGUUGAAGACGCAGUGGCGUCGGAUGAACAGGGACGGCGACGGCAUUCCGAAACAAUGA